AUGGCACUUCGAAAUUAUUUAUAUGCUAAACAUAAUCAUGAAAAUGAUGAAAAAAUAAAUAAAUCAAAUACCCCAAAACAAAUGAGUAAAGAUAUUGAAAAUAUAACUAAUGAAAUUAAAGAAGCUCGUUUAGAUGAUGAUUGUAAACAAUGCACUGAAUGUACUUGCAAAAAAGAGGAACCAGUUAAAGACAUAACACCUGUUAUAAAAGUAGAAGUUGAAAAUGAAAUAGAAAUAACUACAGUAUAA